AUGUCAAAUCAAUAUUUUUCCACAUAUCUCGAAGAUUUGGAACAAGAACCGUUUGAUGUAAUUGAUUUUGUGGAACGAUUAGCAUGGCGAUUAACGAAUGGAAAUGACGAAAUUGAUGUUAUUGAUUUGAAAACGAAAUUCGAAGAAGAAAUCGGAAAUCUUCAAAUGUUAAGCGAUCAAUUUCAGGCGAAAAUCAGUAAUUUAGAAAGUCAGUGCAAUAAUGAAAAAAAAAAUUAUUUAAGCGUUCUUCAUAAAUUAUAUGAGCAGAAUUCUGAAUGCAUCGAUAAAUUGAAGCAGUUGGAUAGUACUAUGCAAACAGUUUCAACCAAAGUUGUUCAUAUCGGCGAUCAAUUAGAAAAUGUACAUAUUCCACGAGCCAGAGCAAAUGAAGCACUGCAACUGAUGAAACAUUUUGAUGAAUUUCUUGCUGAUCAGCCUCUUAAUUCCGACAUUUUUACUGAUCCUGAUCGACUACUGGAGUCAGCAUUAAUGAUUCAAAAAUUAUCAUCGAUUUCUCAAGAACUUGCCCGUGAUAAAUAUAAUGCAGUACAAACGCGAAUUGCCCACAAAUAUGACGAAAUAGAGAAAUUAAUGAUUGAAGAAUUCGUUCAUGCUCAUAGAUUAGGAAAUUGGAAACGAAUGCAUGAGAUUUCCGUCAUUCUUUCAGAAUUUAAGGGUUAUUCACAAUGUUUGGAUGCAUUUGUUGAAAAUAUACAGAUAAAUGCUUUUCGCUCCGAAAAUAUUUUUGAUGAUAUAUAUUCUUUAUGUACUAAAACUCGUCCAUUACUGAAUGACAUUUUUCCUAAUCCUCAACAAGUUAUGGCGAAAUUGGUCCUUAAUGUUUUUCAUGGUAAAUUACAGGAAACCGUCAAUACAAAAUUAGAAGAAACAUCUCAAGAUCUUGAAGAAUAUCUAAAUGCCCUAUAUGAUUUAACACAGAAGUUGGCUGAUAACCUAUAUUCUGUUGGUGCAUCUGAUCCUCGUUUUUUGCCAACAUUAAUUCGAUCUGUUUUUGGCAAAAAUGAAACUCAAUUUCUUCACGAUCAGUGUAGCUCUUUACUUAAUCGAUUUUAUGAAUCAAAAAACCAUCAUAAAAAGCAAAUGCAUAGUGGCGGCUUGCAAGACUUCAAGCGUGAUAUUCAAGCUCGUUUAUUACAAGUCGAAACUUACGGUGGUGAAACAUUUCUUUCAGAAGAAUUAGCUAUUAACAUUCUGCAAGAAACUAAAAAUGCUUUCAGUCGUUGUCAAUGUUUAUGCGAGAAGGAUGAUUGUGUAAAAAUGAUUGAAACAAUAUUCGACAUUUUAUUGCGUUAUCUUUAUAAUGAACACGUUGAAUAUGCCGUUGACUUAUCAGUAGCUGGUAUUUCUCUUGCUGAACCCAAAUCAAGUCCGCCGAAUUAUUUUUUUUCGGUGAUAAGGCAAGCAGCUGCAAUAACUCACCUGUUUGAAAAGCAAUAUGAUGAUUCAAUUUAUCCUCUCAUAGAAAAAACUUUGAUAGAAGAAUCAUGUUCUAAAAAGCGCAUAGAAACUUUACGAAAUGUGGAGGGUCGUUUAAAUUUGGGACUGGAACGGCAAUUGAAUGCUAUUAUUGGUUAUAUCAGGUAUUUGCUUUCAGUUGAACAGAAAAAAACCGACUUUCGUCCGGAUGAUGAAAAUAUUCAAGUUACUGCGAUGUCCAAUGCUUGCUCUCUAGUUGUGAAAUAUAUAACUUCGGAAGUGACCGUGAUUUGUGAUAGCGUUGAUGGUGGCAAUCUUAGCUCAAUUUUAACCGAAUUCGGGCAGAGAUUCUAUCGUGCCAUAUUGUCGCACAUUUAUCAAUUUACAUAUAAUUCCCAAGGUGCUAUGCUUCUUUUAUGUGAUAUCAAUGAAUAUAGGAAGUGUGUGUUGGGUUGGAAAUUACCUGAAAUUAACAAACAAUUUGAAUCACUGCAUGCUCUUGCAAAUUUAUUAGUUGUAGUUCCGGAAAAUUUGAACGAAGCAUGCUGUUCCCAACUUUUGAUUGAUAUAGAUCGUUCUAUGGUUAUUAGUUUCAUACAGUUGCGUAAUGAUUAUCGAACUGCGCGAUUGCAUCUUCUUUUUGCUUAA